AUGAAGGACGACAGCACAACCGCAUGUCUCGUUACCGAAGCUUUCACAGACAACAGCCGCGCCGUUCAGGAGCCGGAUGAAGCCAUUUCGACAGAGCUGCUUGGGUCAAUUGAACCCCCACCUCUUCCUCCUCCUCCUCCUCCUCGAUCCGUAUUCCACACGACGCUUGGUGCCGCUUCUUCCGCCGCGACGUCCGUGCUGGUUCCAUGCGUCCAAGCGGCUGUACACGCCACGUCGGCGGCUGUCUCAGCGCCUUUACUCCAACUGACGAACCGCGUACGUGUCACAAUUGCACAGUCUUGGACGCCACCCAGUACCGCAGAGUUGGAUCUGGUUGAGGAACUUUCACGGACAAGCACGACGACUCUAAGCUCCAGCAGUGACAGUGACCUGGACAUGGAGGAGGUGCAGAUACUAGCCGCAGAAGCUCGAGGGAAGGACGACCAGAGCAGCUGUCCACGUGAAAAUAGCAGUCGAGGUGGAGUCGCCCAACUGCUCUUCUUGCCGGUGCGGCUGAUGCACAGUAGCGUCUCCACGGCCGUGGCACUUCCUGCACAAGUGGUGACCUAUAGUGGACGGAAGAUAGCAGGAGCCGUGUCGGCGUCUCACGCACUGGCAACGUCGGCAGUUGUUGCGUCGACUGGUGUCGCGACGAGGACGGGAAUGCACGUGGCCAAUGGGAUCAAACAGGGUGCAGUGUCGACGGUGUCGUACACGGCAUCGACCCUAGCGGGAGCUGUUGGCACUUCUGUGCGGACGGUUGGCUAUGCGAUUCCGCCGUCAGUGUCGAACGCUGUGUGGCAGGGCAUGGAUGUCACUGCCACUGCGUCAGUGAAUGUGCUGUCGUAUGCCAUUGCCGUGCCGUCGUACCGAUUGCUGCGGGCGGUGGUGCCUGAAGUGGACAAGCUCUUUUCCGAAGAAGAUGCCGUGACUGAAGCUCGGACUGCGGUGAAGAUGCUGGUGAAGCUGCUGGGACCGCAGAAUGCAUUCUAUCUCUUGAAAUGGGUCUACGAGACGGUCAAUAGUGAAGAAGCACACGACGGCUUGUUGUUAUGCCGUGAUGUAUUGCACGAGUCAUUGAAUGGAGAAAACUACCAUCACGCUGCAACGUCAGUGAGUGUUGCUACGGGCUUCACUAAGGUUGUGAACGUGGUGAAGGAGGCCUUCAGUGUGCUGCCAUCAUUUGACGAGCUAGUGGAUGCGGUUGUUCUAGUCGCUGAUGUAUCGGACGAGGUGAUCGACGGCGUUGCUCAUGUUGCAUCCCGAAACAGCGGUUUGAACGUGCGAAGCGAGACAGAUGACGAGACAAGCCCUCCUCGGUUUGAGUAUGUGGACGAUGACGAUUGCGAGGAACGUCGUCCAGCGGAGUUCACGGAUGCAGCAUUUGAAAGCGCUUCGUCUUCAGACGACGAGCUCAAUCCGCUGGUCGAGUCGAGUCUUUCGCUGUUGACGAGAGUUUGCGAUAGUGAAGAAGCGACGUCGCUAUUUAACACAUUUGGUGAUUUCUUGGACGCGCUGGUGGACUGA